AUAUUAUCAGUUUUUUGUAUGGAACCAUGAAACAAAGUUUACACUGGAUUAUUAAAUGAUAUAUUUCUUAUCCGGCAUCUGGAUCAAUACAUAACGCAGAUACUGCAUCAAGAUGUAUAUUUUUAAACUUUUAAUGUGUUUUUUGGGCUUAGUGUUCGGUGACAACAGCACAAUCGACAACAUAGCCGCAUUAACAUACACAGGAAAUGUAGAAUACGCUACAGUGAGUCAAAGCACUAUAUGGGGAGAAUGGACACCUUGGUCUAAAUGGUCGCCAUGUUCGAGGGAUUGUGGCGGUGGUUUAUCACGACAGCAAAGACGAUGUAAACGGAAACCAUGCAAGGGAAAAUCUACUGUAAAGUUCAAAAUAUGCAACAACCAGGCAUGCGAGAUACCGAGUGAUUUCCGCGCAGAGCAAUGCAGCGCAUUUGACAACGUUCCAUACAGUGGACAGUUACUAAAAUGGUAUCCAUACGACGAUCCAACAAGGCCCUGCUCUUUAAUUUGCCGUGGUGUUUCAUCCCGGUUUUCAACUUUAUCAACAGGAGACUACGACUCAAGUCACCAAGAUGACAAAAAUAAUAAGCUAACUUCAGAUGAAGAGAGUAUUGAAGAUAGUUUUACUGAAUUGGAUACUGAUGAAUCAAUUGUCGUUCAACUUGCCGAUAAAGUACAUGAUGGCACUAGAUGCCAUGCAGACGACAGUCUUGAUGUUUGUAUUGGUGGAACUUGUUUGACUGUAGGCUGUGACAUGAAAGUAGGCAGUGGUAAAACGAAAGAUCUUUGCGGUGUAUGCGGUGGCAAUGGUUUGACAUGCCAGUCGAGAUAUUCAUGGAGCCUGGAAUCGAUAUCUGCUUGUUCUAAAUCCUGCGGUGGCGGUUUUAAAAUGGCCAUAGCCACUUGCAUAUCACUCCAAAAUCACAACACAGUUGAUGAAGGAAAAUGUGAUCUUGAUAAAAAGCCAACGAAAACAAUAUUACCAUGUAAUACACAUCCUUGUUCAACAAAAUGGAUUAGUGGUGAAUGGAGUGGAUGCAGUGCUAGCUGUGGUGGUGGUUCUAGAACCAGGCCUAUUUAUUGUACAGAAAAGAACGAAAAUGAUACUUUGAAGCUUCCUGAUCAUAGAUGCAAUCCCAGUCAUAAACCAAAAAGCCAAGAAACUUGCAAUACAAUUUCCUGCCCAAUGUGGGAAACAAAUCAAUGGAGUGAAUGCUCAGUAACAUGCGGAACUGGGAUAAGAACGAGGUCUAUUGAAUGUAGAGAUGGGAAUGGAAAAUUGUCAAAUGAUUGUGACUCUACUGAACGACCUUACAAUAAGCAAGAUUGUAAAACCAACAUCGAUUGUCCCAUAUAUUCUGAUGAAAUAUCACAACCGUUAAUGCAGCCCUAUCCACCGCCUCCAAUCCCCGAGAAAUUAAUUGAGCAGCCAAUACCAUCGGAAGCUACGUUUAUCGCUGAUGAAUGGUCUACAUGUAGUGCAACGUGUGGUGAAGGUAUUCGUCAUCGUGAAGUUCAUUGCAAGAUAUUCCUUGAAUUUAGUAGGACAAUAGCUAAACUACCAGAUCGUCAGUGUACUGGCCCGAAACCCCUCGAGACUGAGAAAUGUAUGAUCCGAUCAUGUGGAAUGAGGGAAAAUAGUCUCUCGUAUAGAGUUGAUACAGUUGGAGAUAGUGGGUAUGAGGAAUCUAACUUGAUGGAUUCAUUUAGAUCUGCUGGCUCGAGUGAUUUUGAGGGAAGUGUUAAAGUUGCUCCUGGUAAUUCUGGGCAAACAACUUAUUCAUGGAAGGAAGCUGGAUACAGUGCCUGCACUGCUUCUUGUCUUGGAGGAGUUCAGGAUUUAAUUAUUAAUUGUGUUAGAGAUGACACUGGUAAAACGGUUAUUCCACUUCUUUGCACUAAAGAAACUAAACCAGAGUCUCGGAUACGUACGUGCAAUGAUCAUGCUUGUACUCCAAGAUGGAACUAUAGUGACUUUUCACCGUGUAACAGUCCUUGUGGUAUUGGUAUACAAACAAGAGACGUCACUUGCAUACAUGAGGUAGCACGCGGUCCUGGGAAUACAGUGGUAGUACCAAACCAUAUGUGUCAGACGCAGCCGCCAGUUGACAGGCAGCACUGCAACGUGUGGGAUUGUCCACCCAAAUGGCAGCCUGGAGAAUGGGACAAAUGCUCCAAAAGCUGUGCCGGUGGUAUAAAACGACGUCAAGUCGUCUGUGAACAGAUAAUGGCUCAAGGACAUAAACAAAUUCGUCCUGAUCGUGAAUGUCAAGGAAACAAACCAUCAUCUGAAAAAACAUGUAAUACAAGAUCUUGUCAUGAUAUUAGAUUAAAUGUUCAACCGGUAAUAUUCAGUCAAAAUACAACAUUUGAUCAACAUGACCCUGAACAAAAAGUUGAUUUAAAAAUCGGUGGGACUGCGACGGUGUUUCAAGGCAUACCCGUGGUCAAAAUUCGUUGUCCUGUUAAAAAAUUCAGCAAAGGGCAGAUUAUUUGGACCAAAGACCGUGCAGAAUUACACAAAUCUAAAAAGUAUAAAAUUAGCAGAAAGGGAGCUUUAAAGGUAAUCGAUAUUGGGCUCACAGAUAGCGGCUCAUAUGCGUGCAUAGCGGGGCAAUCGCAUGCAGAAUUACGUUUAAUAGUAAAGCAUCGAACAAGAGAACAAAUGAGUAGUGAAGAAAUUUUACGUUUCGGCAAUACUGUACAUCAUCGACAGGAUGUUAAUUUAGAUUCAGGAGGGGCAAGUUCCGGAGAAAAUCUACAAAUUGAUCAUGCUGCACCAGCUUACCAAGGUGCAUUUUCAUUUGGAAAUGAUGACCUUAGUCAUGAAUCACGUCCCGAAAUACCAUUAAUAGGAAAACCGACAAAAAAGCCCCGACGUCCCAAGCGUCCAAAGCCAAGUCCCCCUACGUCGGACGUGAUAUCGAAUGGAGAUUAUUCAGUUACGUCAAUUCAUGAGCCGGGUUAUCAUGAGUCUGUUGAAUCUACUGCAUCUUCUAGCGCUUCUCGACUUACACCACAUUUCAGUCAACUAAUCUCCACCUUGAAGUCUUAUUGGCCGUUCCAAAGUAACGGAUCUUUUAAUCAGGAACAUCGAAUGGCACCUGAAUUAUCUCUAAACGAUUUUCAUACAAAAAAUACUCUUGAAUUAAAUCCAACAGAGUUUAAAGAUAAUAAUUUACAUUUCGAAAGUAUAGACAAUGACUUUGAAAUGUUUGGACGUGAUUCAGUUAUUCCCGAUGAUAAAUUUGGGCCAGAUGAAGAAAGAAUUUUUAUUGAGGAUGAACCUUAUGAUUUUGAUAGUGCUGUAUUAUCGAUAAAUACAUGGGAGAAUUCAAAAAAAUUAUCGAAAUCAUUUAAAACGAAUAAACAUGGAUUAAUUGCAGAACAAACUUCAGAUUAUGAUGAAGAAUCUUUAAAAAACAUACCAAAACAACAGAUCAAUAACAAUGUCAAUAAUUAUUUAAGAAACGAACGAGGCAUUAAAUUGAUAAAUGACAAAAAUAACAAAAAAGUUUAUACGUCACCUGAAGCACCCAGUAUCGAUAUGUUCUUUUUUGAACGCUCUUAUGAUAAAAAUAAAAUUAUUGAAACUGGUUCAUCAACAAAUGAAAGUUAUUUAAUAGAAUCUACAAGUAAAAAUAAUCAUUCAAAAUCUCACCUUAAUACUAUUUCACCAAUAAUAACAAAUAACGAUAAAUUAACAAUAAAUUUAGACAAAACAAUAAAUAAUUCCAUUCAGACGACAAUUAAACCAGUAACUAAUAAUAACUUAAAAUUAUCUACUGAAUCCUUAACAAUAAAAUUACCUGAAGAUGAUGAUAAAAUGUUUGAUUCAGGUAGUGAAAUGGAGCAAAUAGAAGAUUCAUAUGAAGAAGAAUUAAUAAAACAGAAAUUCAAUAUAAAUGGAACAAAAGAAUUAUCAAAUCAUUAUGCGAUUGAGUCAAAAAUUUCAAGUGAUGAAAGUGGACGAGAAAAUGAUUCUGAGAAUAUUGAUCAUGGAGCAGUUGAAGUUUUGAGUAAUGAAGAUACUACUGAAAAAACACGUCAUUCACAACAUAAAAUUCAUUCUCAUAACUCGCUAAGAAAUAGAAAUUCGAAACAGUCAUUAAUACAAUUGGAAACAUUAGCAUUUGACAUGAAUAAUACUACUGAUGAUACUUUAAAUAUUUUUACCAAAGAAACUAGUGAGGAUUUUGUAUUUGAAUGGGUAACAACUGAAUGGUCUAAAUGCUCGCAAACUUGUGGAGGUGGUGGAUUUCAAAUGAGAGGAUCACAUUGUAUGGUUCGUUCAACAAAGCCAGCUAGUAAUAACACACGAGUUUCAUCGAGAACUGUAAUAGGUGCUUCGCUUUGUGAAGAUGCCGGUUUUACGGUACCAUCAAAAGUUCGUCCUUGUGGCUUAGAGAGGUGUCCCCAGUGGCAUGUCAGUGAAUGGAUCCCAUGUGAAUCAUCACGUUGUUUUAAUUGGAAAACUGCAAUGCAAAGGAGAGAUGUGACCUGUCAUUUAAUUAAAGACACUGUCAAUGGUACAACAAACACUACUAUUCUUGAUGCAGAUAAAUGUGACGAGGCGAUAAGACCACCGCAAAGACAGGAAUGUUAUAAUGACGCUUGUAAAGGAGUGUGGAGAGUAGGGGAAUGGUCAGAGUGUACCGCAUCCUGCGAGGAAGAUGGUAUUAAAUAUAGAAUUUUACAAUGUGUAUGGUUUGGGACGAAAAAGCCUGCAGGUAACGCAUGCCGCGAUAUAUCUCGACCUCCUGUUAUGAAAAUUUGCAAAGGUUCUCUAUGUCCUCGAGUACCUGGAGAUUGCGAAGACCAUUCGCCCCUUUGUACUAGGGUUAAAAUGAUGAAUAUGUGCCGCGUACCACUUUAUCAAAAACAAUGCUGCAAAUCGUGUCGCUAA